GCAAGGAAACCCAGCCAAGCCGACAGCACUCCCUUGAGAAAACCGGUAAAAGCUUGGGGAUUUCUCCUUCUUUCUUGCUGUAGAACACAUAUAGAACCCAGAAACGUUCCCCCCCUGCAGAGAAUUUCCGAUCUGCUUUGCUCUGUUCCUCACCAUCGGCUGCUCUUGCUUUGUGGGGGCAAAUUGCUCUGGUUGUUGGAUCCCGAAUUUCUCCCCAAACUGCAGCUCCGGUUUUUGCUGCUAAAUUAUGGUUCUUGAGUGUCCUAUCACCCGAGCACUUGGCUUGAGUUCCCGAAAUUAUGGAUUUGAGGAAGCGAAACCGAGGACGGGGAAACCAAGGGGAGUGACGAGUUAAAAGGCUAGCAAUUUCGAGAUAGAUAUAAAUUUUAGAAAUAAAUCAUGCUUUUGUAAGAUAGAUUUUACCUUGAAUUUAUGAGAUCAAAACAGAUUUCGGUCAUUAGAUCAAUUACUUGGAUUGUCAGAUGUGAAUUGGAUAAGUUUCAAGCCUUGUACAUUUGUGGGAUCCUCUCACGAGUGCACGACGUUUGCCAUGUCCUCGAAUUUGGGUUUUGGGGCAUGACAAUGACACCAUUGCUUUAGUUGCGGUGCUUUUUGAGAUAAUCAAGCAAAUCUCAAGGUUUUGUUCUUGGCUAACUCCAAUGGCCACUUCUGUUGGUGUUUUGACAAUUUUUCAUGGGGAAACAUUUGACAAGGGCCCACCUAUUGACCAUGUUAGCAAUGCAAGGUUCCAAAAGGGGAUGGUCUGUUCAUUGAUAAUGUUACUGGACUACAAAUUCUAAAUGUGAAGAGAGUUAUAUGUACUAGCUAAUUCUAAUUUGUAUUAUUGGUUAAUGUUUGUUUGUGAUUAUUACAUGCAUGCUAAAUAUAACUGCUUUUACUAG